GUAAUAAAACCACGCGUCAGGCGUCAAGUUUGUUGUUGUUUUUUUGGCCCAUUACCCUUGAAUGUACCUCUAUUUGUGACCUAUUUCCAUUUGUUUUUCCAAACUUAAAGCAUUUUAGUGUCAACGUACAAAAUGGGGUUUUCUUUGUCUAAAUCCGUGGAUGCAAACUUGACAAAGCAGCAAGAGUUCAUGCUUCAUAAUUCAAGAUUGCAGCUGGAGCGUCAAAUCCUCAUGCAGAACCAGAUGAGAGARAGGCAGACGGCGAUGCAGAUCGCUUGGUCCAGAGAGUCUCUCAAAUACUUYGGCUCUUUCUUUGCCAUGGCCACACUGGGACUAACAGCAGGAGCCAUUAAAAGGAAGAAACCAGGCCUGCUGGCUCCCAUUAUUCCUCUUGGUUUUAUAUUGGCCUACCAGAUGGACAGCGCCUACGGAACACUGUUUUAUCGUAUGAAAGAGGAGGCCGAGAACAUCAUGGCAUCUGAGCAGGACCGCCUGGACCUACCUCACGGGGCCCCGACCUUUGACAGCAUCGAGAAGGCUCGGCGCGCUAAAAGCGGCCUCGUCUCCUUCCUGGAGAAGUGACGCAUCGGUUGUGACACCAGUCAAAAUCUGGGCCCGUCCGCUCGGUGCGUUCACCUGUGCAGCUUUAGCUUUAAGGUAGGGAACAGCUGUCAGAUACRAUCAGACGAUUUUACUCUCAAGCUACAGAAACAAGAGUGAAAUAAGCAGCUGUUCCAGUCAAAACAUUGGUGUCAUUCUUUUUUUUUAAUUAUUAGAACAGGAUCUUUAUGGCAGAUUGGCUGAUGUAAAAUGUUUAAGAUAUAUUAAGUAUUGAUAGUUACAUUUCUGUGGUACAUUAUGAACUGAUCCAUUGUGAGAUCCAUCAGAUUCUGUUGAUUACUUGCUGAUAAAAGCUGCCUAGAAACUAGAAAGUGUCAUUAGUAUGUUUUUAAACAUUUUCCUAAUUUAUUGCUGUUAUAGCUUCGUCCAUUCUCAGAAUAAGAUGAUUGUUAGUCUAAACUCCAGCAUGAAAAGCAUCRGGCRAUAUGCAUUCCUAUCAGAAAAGUUUUUAAUUCUCCUACCUUUAGCUCAGUUUACUGGAUCAGCUGAUCUUUGWGUUUCUGUUCCGUUAUUUUCUUUAAUUAAAUAUUUAGAACAUCAUACCAAAGCUUGUAACGUUCUUUUAGUAAUAAGAACUGAUUGUAAUUUUUCUUUCAUCCACUUUUUUUUUAAAUUGACUUUUGUGUUCAAGUUGUAAAGCCAAUAAAAAAAAAUGUUUCAGUAA